UAUCAUCUAGAAAAAUUUGUACACAAAAGCAAAAGCAGACACCUCCUACCUAACCAACUUCAAUAAAAAAAAAUCAGUCACUUUUGCAUCGGCCGGCACAGAACAACACCGAAUAAAUUGCGUGCGUGUAUAAGAUUGUGUUCCUCUGUCGCAGCCUCAGUAAACCAACAAAAAAUCAACACGACGAUCAGUAUUCGUUCAACCUUCCAAGCUCUGCUACAAAAACUUGUGAUUGAAGUUCGAUUGGCGUACGAAUCUUGCUGAGUUGCCGGGUUAUCCAUAAAAACUAACGAUGAAUUCGAUUAGAAUGUGUAACGUGGUGCGAUAUAAUUUGUUAAAAGGAGAUAUUCUAUUUCGAGGACUUGCUACGUCAAGCGUGCUCAACGAUAACCACAAAUGCCAAGUGUUAAUCGUUGGGGGUGGAGCUGGUGGUUGCUCAGUUGCCGCAAAAUUAUCCAACAAACUGGGCAAAGGAAAGGUUAUCAUUUUGGAACCAGCUGAAAACCAUUAUUAUCAACCAAUGUUCACACUGAUCGGUGGUGGAAUUAAGACAUUGAACGAUAGCUUCCGGCCGAUGUCCACUGUUCUGCCUGCUCUCGCAAAGUGGGUGAAGGAUUCCGCUGCCAAGUUUGAACCAGAAAAUAAUAUCGUUUAUACAGAAAAGGGCGAUAAGAUCGAGUAUGAGUUUUUAUUGAUUGCUACGGGUGUUCAAUUGAACUACAACAAAAUACCAGGCCUAGUGGAGGCUCUUUCGAUUCCGAAGGGUAAAGUCUGCUCCAAUUAUUCACCAAAGUAUGUGAACCGAACUUUUGAAGCACUUCAGGCGUUCAAAGCGGGUGACGCCAUAUUCACCUUCCCCAAUAGUCCCGUGAAAUGUCCAGGGGCUCCACAGAAGAUUAUGUAUAUCGCCGAUCACUAUUUGCGUAAGACUAAAAAGCGACAUCAUGCCAAUGUUGUCUACAAUACAUCGCUGGCGGUGUUAUUCGGAGUAAAACACUACGCUGAUGCUCUUUGGAAAGUUGUCGACAAGCGUGGCAUUCAGGUCAACCUGCGGACAAACCUAAUUGAAGUACUCCCCACCAAAAAUCAAGCCAUAUUUGAAAAUCUUGACAACCCUCAGGAAAAGAUUACUCUUGAUUUUGAACUACUGCAUGUUACCCCUCCAAUGAGCGCUCCAGAUGUUUUAGCAGCGUGCAAAAGCCUUGUCACGGAUACAGGAUUUGUUGAUGUAAACAAGGAUACCAUGCAACAUACAAAGUUUGCCAAUGUCUUUGCUAUUGGCGAUUGUUCAUCUAGUCCAAACUCUAAAACUGCCGCUUCUGUUGCUGCACAGUCUCAAGUUGUAUACAAAAAUAUGCUCGCAGUGAUGAAUGGACAUACGCCAAUGAAAGUGUUCGAUGGUUAUGCUUCCUGUCCACUGGUUACCGGGUACAACAGUUGUAUUCUAGCUGAAUUCGACUACAGUUUGACACCACUGGAAACUUUCCCCAUCGACCAGAGCAAAGAACGCUAUUCGAUGUUUAUCAUGAAAAAGGACAUUAUGCCACCACUAUACUGGCAUCUACUGUUGAACGGGUUGUGGAAUGGGCCCGGUUUUGCCAGAAAGUGUAUGCAUUUGAAAUGGUAGCUUGAAUGCGUUGCAAAUUUCCUAAUAAAAUUCGUGUGAUAAAAAAAUGAUAAUGUGAUAAUAGUUUCAUUUCAAACAUUCUUGAUAACGUUCGAUUCCCGAUUAUCAGGGCCGAAUUUAGGAUUGUAGUAGCCCGGGAGCCAAGUACCGUGUGGAGGUCUCCUUUUCAGUUGUCAAAGUUUUAAUAAAGGAACAUGUUUUUCAGGAACAUAAGUUAAUGGAGGGUUAGAUUGA